UCAAGAUGGACGCCGCCGCAUUCUACGGCACCGCUGAUUUCACAAAUCAUGCGAGACAACGAAUAAGACUUGAUGAUGAAUCGGCAGAAAGAAUGCUGUCCAGAAUUGCCGAUGGGAACUCGUCCGACAUCGACCUCUCUGACGACGACGAGGAAGAAGUGCGCCCAAGUCAACAUGCGGCCGCCACAGACACAGACGGUGGUGCUGGUCCGUCUGCGGCAGCGCAGGAUCUUCUAACUUCGCAGGAUCAGGAUGACCAACAUGAAGUCGUCGGACAACUGAAGAAGAGACCACAGCUUUGGGUCACUUCAGAAUUUGAGCCACCGGACACUACAUUUUGUCCUGAAGCUCGUGAUGUCAGUGGUAUGAGGGAACCUUGUGAGUACUACUUUCACAGAUGAACCAUUUCAAGAGAUUGCUCGU